ACAAUUGCGAUUGUUAUUUUUACAAUGCAUUUCGUGACUUUUUGUAUUCAGGAAAAUAAUGGACGAUGGUCAGUCGUGUUCUUUUGAUCGGGAGGACCCAGUUCUCGCGAUACUAUCUGAGAUCUUAAACGUUAAUCUGUCGGGCUCGUGACUCGAUGCGGAAGUGCGGACACAAAAUAGCAGGCAUAUUCGUGCCGAUAAUUGCAGCUGUUUCCUCCCUUUUUGUUUUAAAAAAAAAUUAAUUUGCACAUUCAUUCUGCAAUGGACGGUUCCAUCGGCGCGUCAGCAGGCACCGCUGACGGACCCCCGCCUCAUUUUAGAACGAAUGAAGGCUCGUUGGUUUCAGCCCUCAAGACACUGUUGUUCUUCACUAUCUUAAUGGUCACGCUACCGAUUGGGUUGUAUUUCGCUUCAAAGGCUUACAUCUUUGAAGGUUCAAUGAAGAUGUCGAGCUCAGACAGCUACUUCUACGCCGCCAUCGUGGCCGUGCUGGCAGUGCACGUGGUCUUGGCCUUGUUCGUUUAUGUGGCCUGGAAUGAAGGCACGCCCAAAGGGAAAGGCAAAUAUGAUUAAAGCGUGUCCCGCUGUAGGAUCUACAGAAAUGCACAGUCCUUUGGAAGGGAUCCUCAUAACUGGCAGCAGCACCACCGCCACUAUCCUGACUCAAGUGCUGCCAAACAGCCACACGAAACAGUUCAGGGAUCUGAUGUGUGUCGGGCUCGAAGUUAGUUAUAGGGAGUCUGCCGGGUGGGAUGUUAUCCACAACCCCUUUUGACUUCCUUUUAAAGAGACAUUCUGUUCAUUUGUACAAAAGUUUUACAAGUCCCUGUCAUGUAACAACACAUCUCCUGGAUUGCUUUAUUUGUGCACAUCAUUGAAGUUUUUGGUUCUGAAUCGCCACUGUCAUUUGACCCACAGAAUUACAAUGCCGGGGGUUUGUCAAUCAUUCAAGUCUUCUUUUCUUUUCGACCUGUCCCAGUAGGGGUCUCCAGAGCGUGAUAUCUUUUUCCAUCCAAGAGUGUAUCCUGCAUCUUCCUCUCUUAACACCCACAAUCAUCACAAUAUCAUUUGCGAACAUCAUAGUCUAAGCAGAUUCCAGUCUAACUUCAUCUGUCAACCUAUCCAUUAGUAUCACAAACAGGAAGGGGCUCAGCGCGGAUCCCUGAUGCAGUCCCACCUCCACCUUAAAUUCUUCUGGCACACCUACGGCACAUCUCACCGAUGUUCUGCUGCCCUCAUACAUGCCCUGUACGCCGCCACACCAGACUUGUGUAUGCAGUACCAUAGUUCCUCUCUUUGUACCCUGUCAUAGGCUUUCUCUAGGUCUACAAAGACACAAUGUAGCUCCUUCUGACCAUCACUGUUCUAGAAAUGAGGUUUCAAUCCUUCAUCGAGUAGAAAGGAAAAAAACAAGAAAUUGCAGAUUUCAUUAAAUGUCUUUUUUUUUUUUUUUUUUUUUUAGCUUUCUGUCUUUGUUCUGUGGUAGAAAGGUGCCGUGACGCUUCGAUCUUCAAAUUGUAUAGCGUUUUCUCUUGUACACCUGAUAUUUGGUGACCUCCAAUACAUUUCUGAAGUAAAAUGUUCUGUUUCAUCAUUUUUUGUAACCUGAAUAAUCUUUAUGUUAAAGGAUAAAUCAAGGCCUACUAUAGUAAUCUGCCUGUUUGCAGUUCGCUGCCCAUAAAUGAACCUUUUUGUUUUCAUUCUGUGAAACCCAUCCCUAUCUAUUUGCUGGGGAGGAAAAAUCAACUAUUUGCAGUAGUUUUCUGAAAUGGGCAAAGAUGUUGCUAAAACCCUGUCGAAAUUGGAAAGUAGCUCAGUUUGAAGUACUGUGCUUGAAGUUCAAGUGAUGGAUCUCAACAGAGAUGCAAGGUUAGAAUUGGUUAAGAUGCAACAAUAAAAUGUGCACGCAAGUGUGCAUGUUUAAUCUCAAUUAUGUUCAUGUACAUGUGUAACUAACAGGAUUUCAAACCUCGAGAAGCGCUGAUGGAAAACGGCGACUAUGAAUAAUUAUGAUGAUUU